AUGGAGUCCCUGGCUACGGGUGUCAUCACCAACUCCUCAAGCGAGUUCAACACCAGGAAGGAAGCCCUGAUGUUCCUGCUCCACUUCAUCGGCGACAUUCACCAACCGCUGCACACUGAGAACGCCUCGCGAGGCGGCAACGACAUCGAUGUCUGCUUCAAUAACAGAAGCAGGAACCUCCAUGCUGUUUGGGACACCGACAUCGUACUGAAGUACCGCGGUCUUCCCCGCAAUUCAAGCAACGACGAUGAGAAAGCGGCAGCGAGAGAAUGGGCAGACGAACUGCAUAGCAACAUUCAAGCCAGGGGUAUCGCGGUGGAACAGGAGUGUAACGACAUCAGCGACCCGCAGACUUGUGCGCUGGGGUGGGCGAUGGAGGCGAACAAAUGGAUUUGUAGGCAUGUGUUGAAGAAUGGGGUGCCGUGGCUUGAGGACCAGAGGAACGAUCUUGCACGUGGUUACUAUAAUGGCGCGGUUCCUAUCGUGGACGAGCUUGUUGGGAAAGCGGGAGUGAGGCUUGCAGCGUGGCUGAAUGCUAUUGCUGCUGCGCAGCCGUCCCGCGGGAACUUUCUGGUGCAGAAGGCUGACGGGAACGAAGAGCCUGUUGAGAGCGAGGAGCUAUGA